CAGCUUUGCGGUCUGGGGUCGUGCAGCCGUCUACAGCACAUCGCCGUGAUCAUUCGCGCAGCCUCUGAGUACCUGAGCAACUUGCAGUCGAUCGGUCACUCAAAAUUCGAUUUCCGCAAGGCGAUCUCCUUCAGUGACCAUGGCAUGCGGACGGGAACGUCUCAUUCAGUUCGAAGCCGUGUCAGUUCGUGCCCGGUAUAAGUAGGAGUCUCUGCUCGUGAGCGAUCUGCCUUUCAAGUACGCGGUCGAGCCUCAUCGUUCCCAAGCCCAGCAUGAAGUGCUCUGCUCUGUUGGCAGGCGUCUUCGCCCUGCACGUGGUUGCCUUCCCGUUCGCACUCGAGCAAUUUGCUUCAGAGCAGCUUGCUUCUCUCGACAAACGACAGACAGUUCCCUCUAGUACCCCUGGCUCUGCUGCAGCUCGGGCAUUCAGUAGGAGUCGUAAGAAUUGCGGUGUUCGGGGCUGCACUACGUUCAGUGCUACUGAACAGUACGUGUCCACCACCGGCACAUAUGCCUACGCCAGUCCAAGGCCAGAUCAGAUCAGAGGACCAUGCCCUGGGUUGAAUGCUGCUGCGAAUCAUGGUUAUCUGCCACGAGCUGGUUACAUGACCAUCAUUGAGACCAUCGACGGCCUCAAGGCAGCUUAUGGUAUGGGCGUGGACCUCGCCGGAUUCCUUGCGGCUUAUGCUGUCAUCGUCGACGGCGAUCCAAUCCUUGGAACCUGGUCUAUCGGUGGUCCUCAGCCCAGCAAUCUGCUCACAAAGUCGCUGCUUGGCAAGCCCCAAGGUAUCUCGUACUCACAUAACAACUACGAGGGAGACGCCAGUAUUGGUCGUGCAGAUGCCUUCCUUAAUGGUGGCGAUGCCCACUCUUUGAUCAUCAGCCGCUUUGAGGAAGCGUACCGUGCUACCGACUUCGCUGUGAAUGGAGGACAGCGUGAUCGCUACACUUUGGACGCUUUCGCGCAGGACUAUGGCAAGAAGCUGAACCAGUCCAUUGCCACGAAUCCAUUAUUUUUUGCCGCUCCUUUUAGUGGCCUCGUUGCACCUGCUGCGUACAACUUUGUCAUCAACUUCAUGAGCAACCAUUCUGCAGCCAACCCUACGGGCUAUCUGGAUGGUAACCAGUUCAAGCAAUUCUUCGGCGUGGCUGGCAGUCCGGGUAGCUUCCGAUGGCUGAAAGGUCAAGAGCGGAUUCCAAACAAUUGGUAUCGGCGCCCAUCAGAUCCUGUCAAUGCGUACAACGCCGUUGAUGUCUUCCUGGACCUCGGUGCACAGUUCUUGGCAUAUCCUUAUCAGGUGAAAUUUGGAGGCAACACUGGCCGCACGAACUCCUUUACUGGUGUUGACCUCAGCGCUCUUACUCGAGGAGCUUUCAAUGGCGCCAACUUGUUGCAGGGCAACAACUUGCAAUGCUUCUUUGCGCAAGCUGCUCAGUCCGCUAUCCCGGAUUUGGCUGGCGCUACACUGGCUGCAGUGAAUGGUAUAGUCGGCCAAUACUUUGGUGCCUUCACCAGUGGCUUGAACUGUCCAACUGUAGGGAAGUACGACCAGACCUUGUUCAACAGAUACUACUCUCCUCAGCCACGGCAGGGACAGCCAAACAAUUGGUAGAGCGGGUACGAGAUGGACUCGCAGGCUGGGAGUGAUGUCUCGUGGAUGAGGUGCUGACGCUCAGGCAUUGAGCCGCUCGACGGGGGCAAGUCAGGUAGUCCCUUCUGUAUGGGUUCUGGCGUUUGCAGGUUGAACGCAUCGAGCUGCCGCGAAUUGAACCUCAUAUUGCAGUCUUGAAAUGGUGUCGCGGCCUG